AGAGAGAGAGAGAGAGAGAGAGAGAGAGAGAGAGGGAGGAAAGGACUGAACGCCGAACGCCGACAGUCCUGUCAGAUCUGCGCUCAUCUAAUGCGUCUGUCAUUCACGAGCCGUUAACAGCCGAUCUAGGGCUCUCAGUCUUCAAAGUUUGGAUUUUGUUACACUGCCCGCGAGUACUCUGUGUCAACACGAGCAGGUGGAUGCUGUCAUGCCAUUUAGGUGCCUUGCUCUGCGGGAUGGGCGGACAUACAACAGCCUGUCUGACAUCACCGACAAAUACGAGAUUGGACAGGUCCUCAAGGCGAAAGAAUUUUGCGAGCUGUGUCUGGUCAAAGAACGGCAGACGGACAAGGUCUACGUGUGCAAGAAAUUCCUCAAGAAGGAUGGUAGGAAAGUGCGGAAGGCUGCCAAGAACGAGAUCAUGAUCUUAAAAAUGGUCAAACAUCCAAACAUUCUCCAACUGAUUGAUGCAUUCGAGACCAGGAAAGAGUUCUUCAUCAUACAAGAGCUGGCCACAGGUGGAGAUGUGUUUGAUUGGAUCUUAGAUCAAGGAAACUACACAGAGAGAGAUGCGGCCAAUGUAAUCCGUCAGGUCUUAGAAGCUGUGGCUUAUCUUCACUCGCUCAACAUAGUCCACAGGAACCUUAAGCUGGAGAACCUAAUGUAUUAUAGAGAGAGUAACCACAACAAAGUUGUGUUGCGGGAUUUCUACCUGUCCAGGUUUGAGAACGGCUCGAUUACAGAGCCUUGCGGAACACCUGAGUACUUGGCUCCUGAAGUGGUGGCUCGUCAUCGGUAUGGAAGGCCGGUUGAUUGUUGGGCUGUUGGAGUCAUUAUGUACAUAUUGCUGUCUGGAAACCCCCCUUUCUAUGAUGAAACUGAGGAGGAGAACACCGACAUGCACAACAGGAUCAUCUUCUGCCGUAUUGUUGCUGGAGAAUUCGAAUUCGAUUCGCCGUAUUGGGAUGACAUCUCACCUGCUGCAAAAGAGCUGGUAUGCAGACUGAUGGAGGUCGACCAGAUGUUGAGAAUUACGGCACAACAAGCACUUUUGCAUGAAUGGAUCGCCGGAAAUGGGGCUUCAGAAAAGAAUCUGAAGGAAGGCGUGUGUGCUCAGUUUGAGAAAAACUUUGCAAAGGCCAAAUGGAGGAAAGCGAUUCGUGUCACCACGUUCAUGCAGCGUCUCAGAGCUUCUGAAAUGGUAUCAGGCGAUGGAGCAGUAAAAGGCCAAGGUGAAGGGGUCAGAGCGGAUGGGUUAGAUGGCAAAGCAACACAGAUAGACGCAAGUGGAGUUUCAACUGUGAGCAUGUCCCAUGAAGUGACAGUUGAAAGCAGACCUAUGGAGAAUCAAGAAGCAGGACACAUACAAGCAGUAAAGGAAGAACUUGCAGAGUCCAAAUCGAAUUUAAAUUUAAAACAAAGAGAGGAGCAGAACAAGAAAGAAACUGCAGAAGGAACGCAAGAAAAGAAACUUGUUGCAGGCCAGAAGAAACCAUCAGCAGAAGUGAGCCAGAAACGAGCACCUACCGAGUCAAUCAAAACCUUGGAGAGCAAAGAGAACACUGUUCCUAUAGAGCCCAAACCGGUUGAGAAGAAAUCCUCAUCUUUUCCUGAUACUCCAAAUCGACGUAAGAUGGCUGCAAAUCUUUCAUUGGACCGAGGCUUUGAUGCUAAAACUGGUACAGUAUCGAUCGGAAAGGAACAGCUUGUUAAAAACGCGAUGCAGGAUGUGACCACGAGUAGCUGGUGUCAAACACAGCUUCCAGAGGCCGUAGCAGAGAAGCCAGUAGAGAUAGGAGCUACGGGAGAGGUUAUCCCUAAGAGCAAAGAGCCAAAGAAAGGAAAAACAGACAAAAGUAGCCAAUCAGUGAAAACUCAGUGUACAUACGGGGGAUUCGGAUCUUCAAGUCUCGGCCGUGAUAAAACAGUAUUCAUGCAGGAUCAUAAGGAGACGGUCCGUGGUGCAUCUGGAUACGGGAAGUCGUAUUGUCCAACAUAUUCUGUUAGUGGUGGGGCUGCAUAUGAAGCAGGGGGCGGAGCCAGUUCUGAUUGGCAGAUGGACAGUGUAAUUGAACAAAUUGAAAAGCAAAUGGCUGCCGUGCUUGAGAAGAUUGAGGGAGACAUGCCUUCAUUGCUAGAGCAGAUCAGCGACCAUCCCGAGACCCUGCCGAAAGCGAAGAGUGCCUGCUCUUCACCCUCACCCCGUCCUCGAUCACAUCAUCAUUCGACCCCUCCACCUCUACCCACCACACCACGCCCAGCGAUGCCUUCCCUACCACAUUUAACCAUCCCUCCUCCCUCUUAUCCACCACCCUCCCCACCCAGUCAUGUCCAGGGUCACAGCCAUCCAACUCCUGAUGAGGCUAACAGUGAUGGCCAGAGGGAUACAAUGCGGUCUGGCCAAUCACCAAGGGGAAGUGUGUCAGGAAAAGGGCUGUAAAUAUGUAAGUCAGGAGAACGUGUAGGUUCACGACUGAAGUAGGUCAACCAACUAAAACAAUUUUUUUGGCUAAGGAAUUAGAGCAUAUCUUUGGGGGCUGCACGGUGAUGUUUUAGGGUUGAAGCCGAGAUAUUUUACAGAUUGUAUUGGAAUGAUAAGGAGCUUUUUAAGUGUGUAAAGAGGAAUGUGGAUUUCAGGUUUAAUGCAAACAAAAGGGAACUAUAUUUUGUAUUAUGCCAAGCUACUAAGAUAUCUGACAGUUAAAGACAUAGCUGUAAAUAACAAGAUCAUAGCAAGUAAUGACUGCAUACCUGUAUAUGACUUGUGGAGAACGCAAGCAAUUUCAUAUGGUUUACAUAGAUGCAAAAUCAAUUGAACUUGACAUCAAAUUACAUUUAAAGAAACUUGUUUUCUUUUCCAAAAAAGUUGGCAUCAUGUCCUGUUUCGGGAGAAUCACAGCAUUUGCCAAGUUGUGACUUUGAGGGAUAUUUUUAUUUUCAUCACUUCAUCCAUCUUGGAUUUCUGCUCUAAGAUAGUGAAGCAGUGCAUGUAUUGAUGAUUUAGCUAUUCAUUGAGUAUUUCAACAGACAAUUCAACAGACUAUUUAUCUUUCAUAUUGUAUAUUCUAAAGUUGUACAGAUCUUUCUUUGCCAUACAGUAUAUUUCAUUAAAUCGAACUAGAAAUACAGACAGAACAAGAAAACAAGAACUGGUCAUAACUUAUAUUAGACUAAUAUUUAUAUAUUUAUUAUUUGUUUAUUUAUUUAUUUUGUUACAUGUGUCCAUAUAUAUGUUUAAUUUUUAUCCCCUUGCUAUCUUUUCUCAAAUUAUGAAAAUAAUGCAUUGUAUAAUAAUUUUGCUAAUAUAUCCUAAAAUAUAGCUAUGUGUAAAGUCCUGCAAAUGUGUUUGAAAUGUACCUGUGGCUUCCACUUUCCCAAAUAUUAUAUAGUUUUGGUGAUGUGAAUAUUCUUCCAAGCUAUUUUUUGCACUCUAUGUGAAAAUUUCAAUAAAAUUCAAAUCA